CUGCCUGCAAAACUUCCCACUCCUUGAAUCGUCUAAUUCAUAAACCCACCGAUGCCAAAGGAAGAGGAUUUUGCAGCAUUGAGCUCUGCAUCUCGCGUUCCUCAACCCCAUCGCUCCAAUUUCCCCUCGUUUUGGUCCUCUUCGUAAGGUGCUCAGCGCAAACCAAUCGAUUGUGAUUGGUUGACAAAACACUUAUGUUCGACCUUUGCUCGAACCGACUGCUUGAAUGUGAGGAGAAAUUUGCGGGGAGGAAUGGGCAUCGCUUUGUCGAGAUUUGGGAUUGUGGUGACGAUAGACAACCAGUAUAUCGAUCUGGCGAAUUGAAAGAGAAGGAGAUUGCGGGUUGGGUCAACGAGGACCGCUCUGCGAAUGGACCGAUAAGGUCUGGUUUGAGGGUUUUACUCUCUCCCAAACCUUCUGGCAAGCCUUCAAGUGGCAAACUUCCCUUCUCCCGCCCAACUUUCCACUCGCUAUCUGAGGCCUGGCGCAUCCCAUCCACAUUCCUCCGCGCCGUAACUCAGAACCUUUCCAUCGUAACUCAAUGCUCUGUCGCGCGUCAUCCCUCAUACUGGAGAUACUCAUCCCAAGACUCAAUCUGGCCGCAAGAUGAGUCUAAGGAGAGGAGAAGAAGUAGAAUAUCCGAUGCCGCCCGUUGUCUGCUUGUCCGUGGUGAUGUUGACUGGACUUGGGAUUACACACUCUUACUAACAUUAGAUCCGGAGUCACAUACGACGUACGCUCUCAUAGUUGGGCUCACAGCUACGGAAAUAGACCUCGUGUACUCAUAUCUCACAUCUUCAUCCCAAUUAUCAUCAACCCCAACAUCCGCCUUCCAAAGAUCUCAAUGUGUUCCACCAACACACCCUCUACUCCUCCCUCUCAUCCUUCUCGACCUCGCUACCGAUGACACAUCCUCGCUUCUCAAACUCCGCAUCAAACUUCUCAGUCAGAUCCAACAGCAGACGGGCAUGGACCGCUUCAAUUCUCUUAAAAGUGCAACGGUGGAUGGAAGGAAGAGUAUUGGGAGGAGCAUGAGCAGAGAGCGAGGAGAAGUGCGGAAGGAACUCGACCUUGAUGCUUGCAUGCUCAGGUUGACAUGUUUGAGCGAUUGGGUGGCGGCGCAGAGAGGCUUUGUUGGGAUUCAAGGUAGGGUGGCUGAGGUUGUGAGUAGCAUGCUUAAGGAAUCUAUGAACUCAGGCGCGGGAGGCGGUUGGUGUAGGGGCUUGGGUGCACACGAGUGGAAGGGUUCCAGAGGUGAUAGCGGGGAAGGAGAGGCCGUUAUCUGGCUGUUCCAGGAAAUGUUCCAGGAAAGAUUAGAGUUUGUGAAGGAGAGCUUGUUGGCUGCGGAACUGAAAUGCGUGUACCUUGAACGCAGUAUUGGCGCGCAAGUGCAGACUGUAACUCCCCCUUCCUACCCUUUCGGCUCUUUUUAUGCCAAUGCCCUUUGAGUAAUCCUUCGCCUGCUAACGAUAUAUCUGAAGAUCUAUUCCCUCAUUGGACAAAAAGACAACCGUCUCAACAUCUCCGCGGCAAGCGCCUCUUGCCAAAUUGCCUCCGACUCUCGCCGCAUCGCCAUUUUAACGCGAAGAGAUAGCACCGACAUGCGCAUCAUCGCUGCUGUGACACUAAUUUUCUUGCCUGGGACGUUCGUUGCGACGGUAUUCUCGACAGGGUUGUUUGAUUGGACACCAAA